AACUGUUUGAACGGCCAGUAAAAAUAAAGAAGAGGAAUAAGCAGACUUCUGGUUUCACUUCUGCGGAACUGACCACAAAAACAAGAAGGUUUUUGUUUGCUUUUCUUUAAAUAUAUGAAGAUAAAUAUAAAGACUGUAAAUCGAAGAUGGCGGGUUUGGAGCUGCUGUUCACCUGCGUCUCUGACAGGAUCAAUUCUCCUCACGACGCUGUGGUUUGUUUCGUUCACUGGGAAAUGAUCAGCAGCGGUUUCCUCUGCCUGGGCACUGGAGACGAGCCCAGAGCCACAGAUAAGAAGUCGGAGCUGCUGCCUCCAGACUGGAGUAGCAACAAAGACGUCUACACCCUGAGAUACCAGGAGAAAAAGCCCAGCGCAGACCAGAAGCUGCUGCUGAAAGGUGUGACUGUGGACUCCACGCUCAUCUUCAACCUGAUGAACCUGAACACACAUCAGUUGUCAGACCUGACCGUAAACGUCCUUGAUCACGUGGACAUUGACCACCUGCACACCUUUGACAGUGUUUUCAAAGACGUAGACAGUUUGUCCAGAAAAGUAAAAAGCCAGCUGCUGACCUCACAGACCAGGCCCACACAUAGGGGGCGGAGUCAGCGGGAGGAUCAUCAGGAGGAGGAAGAGCAGAUGAGGAGGAGACAGCGGGGAGGAGAAGGCGAGGAUCCACUCGGUGUUCCUAUUAGACAUCCACAUCCUGGAACGCAUCCUCACUGGCCCCACCCACGGGUCCCUCCAUUAGCUGGAGGAGGAAGUGAUCUGAAUCCUUUUGGGUCUCGUAGUGGUGGUGGGAUGAUUAUGGACCCGAUGAGGUCUGGAUUUCGUGGCCCUGGUUUUGAUCCAACCAGGGGAAUUCCUGAUGUUCUUCCACCUGGAGCUGUUCCCCCUGGAGCUCGAUUCGACCCAUUUGGACCCAUUGGACGAGGCGGUCCAGACCCUGAUCAUCUUCCUCCUCCUGGAUUUGAUGACAUGUUCAUGUAGAUUCACCUCUUCCUGUUGCUCCUCACGUCAUCUCCUAAGGUUUAUGGAGAGAAGGGGGCUAAAGGAGGAGCUUGUUCCCUCUGUGGCUCAAACAUGAAAAAAGUGUCUGAUGUCUUUAAUGGUUGAAAAAAAAAAAUUAAACAGAAAACAAUUAAACCAAA